GAGGCUCGGCUGGAGUCAGGGCUGUCCGUCGUCCCCUCGAAGCUCAUGCAGAACAACAACAACAACACGGCAGUGUGCAGUGGAGCGAGCCCAGGACACGCGGAGGAGUCCAGCUCUGCGGUCUGUGACGGUGUCUGUGAUGCUGGAGGAUCCAUGAGAGCGGCCUGUGGAUCUACUCUCCAGCAGCUGCACACAUCCAGCAGACAGAUGAGGGAUUAUAAGACGCCCAUCGUGCUGGACACAGGGUCUGGUCUGAUGAAGGCUGGGUUUGCAGACCAGGACCUUCCAACGACUGUGUUCCCCACCGUUAUCGGCCGUCCCAAAUAUGAGGAGGUAAUGAACAGCAGUGUGGACCGAGAGCUGUAUGUGGGGCAUGAUGCACAGCACAUGAGAGGAGUACUGACCCUGAAGUAUCCCAUCAGAAACGGCAUUGUGACCAACUGGGAUGAGAUGGAGAUGAUCUGGCGUCAUGCGUUCCAGCAGCUGUGUGUGUCUCCGGAGGAUCAUCCCGUGCUGCUGACUGAAGCUGCCAUGAACCCGCUGCAGAACCGCCAGCGCUCGGUGGAGCUGAUGUUUGAGGUCUUCAGCGUCCCGCUCGUCUUCGUGGCCCUGCAGGCCGUCCUGGCGCUCUACGCCUCGGGACGAACCACCGGGGUGGUGCUGGACUCUGGGGACGGUGUCAGUCACACUGUUCCUGUGUUCGAGGGCUACUGUCUGCCUCACGCCGUGCAGCGCUUUGACCUGGCCGGAUCCCACGUCACCCUGCAGCUCCAGAAGCUGCUGCUGGAGCAGGGUGUGUGCAUGCAGACGUCUGCGGAGCUGGAGAUCGUGCGUGAGAUGAAGGAGAGGUGCUGCUGUGUGGCGCUGGAUUACGACACCGAGCUGAAGAGCGCCUCAGAAGUGAACUACACGCUUCCUGACGGGCGGAUCGUCUCGCUGGCCUCCGAACGCUUGCGGGCACCGGAGAUCCUCUUCAGGCCCGAGCUGAUCGGCCGAGAUCAUUAUGGGAUGCACGAGAGUGUCUUCAGGUCCAUCCUGCAGUCAGACAUCGACCUGCGGCGCAGUUUUGUGGGAAACGUCCUGCUGUCAGGAGGGAACACACUGCUGCCGGGGCUCCCUGUGCGUCUGCGGCACGAGCUGAGUCUCCUGUGUCCCGUGGAUCUGAGCGUGAGCGUCAGCAGCCCGAGUGAUCGAGACUUCUCCGUGUGGCGCGGCGGAGCGACGCUGGCCAACAUGGACGACCUCUGUGACGCCUGGAUCAGCGCAGACGAGUACGAGGAGUUCGGCCCACAGAUCGUCUUCAGGAAGUGCUUCUGAGCAGUCACCCAUCUUAAGAUGCUUUUAACACUUUUAGACAGGGUUUUUGUUGUUUUGGGUGCUGUGGAAGGUAUUAAUGGUGCCAAGUGUUGAUGUGAGUCUUGCAGGACUCUUCCAGAGCAUGUGUUUUUAGUUUUCAAGAGAAAAAUGACCUUUUUGAGCUCUACAUGCAUACACUGGUUGUAUCAAUCAGAUUGUUUGUCUCUCUGCCAUUUUAAUUAUAAUCUAAUCAAUCAAGUUUAAUAUGUAAAUGUGUAUGUUUUAAUGUCUAUGAGAUCUAAACGUGACCUUUUCAGUGUUUUGAUGCUUUUCCCGAGGCUCCCAUCACAGCCAUUACUUGCGUCUGUAAUCCCAUCUGAAUCUGAUUCACAUUGACAGUGUGCUGGAUGUGCUACAGAUCCAUCAUGUGUUCCUCAGCUGUUCCUCAGACACCGGGGGGGUGUAUGUGUGUGUGUGUGUGUGUGUGUGUGUUUUUUGAUUUUUGCCGAGCAAGAUUUAUUUGAUUUGCAUGAAUCUCACUUCACAUCUUUUGAUUUUGUAUUUCCACUUGUGUGUUUUAUCUGAGGUGGUUGAG